AUGGCCUCCCUCGACCGCUUCCUUGUGCCGCCCGCGCACCACCUACCCCUCCUGCCACACCUAUGCGUCGUGCCGGCACUCCUGGCCGUGGCCACGGCCGUGGCACUCUUCGUACACUCGGACGUCAACGCGGCGCUGCUCUGGUCCCAGUGCCACGCGCGCGCGCGUCUCCCCCUCCUCACCGGGUCGAUCCCCGUCGUCGGCACGCCGCUCUGCUUCCUUCUCAGCUUCUUCAAGGAGGCGCUGGACUCGUCGCGCAGCAGGGCCGUCAUGGGCGUCGUGCUGGCAUACGUCGGCGCGCUGUUGACGGUGAGCACGCUCGAGGCCGCGCGCCGAUGCCACCGACGGGCCAUUGCCGUCAUCCGCCGACCCACCGGCUGGUGGCUGCUGUUCAACCUCAUCGGCGGCGCCUUUGUGUGGCAGCUCGUCGUCGUCCCGGCCUUUAUGCAUCGCGCAAAGGCCUGGUUCGCCAUCGCGGGCGCCGAGGAUGCCGAUGACGAUGCCGAUCUGACCGUGCCGGACGCCGAGGCGGUGGCCAUCCCUGUCGCCGUUGCGCUGGGCUUUUACCUCCCGGCCGCGCUCAUGCUCGCAUUCCACUCGCCCGCCACCAUCGGCGUCUGGUUGUUCUUCCCCGUCUACGUCUCCGUCAUCCGCCACGCGCUGCGCUGGAGCCUGGAGAGGAGCGGCCGAUUCGAGCGCGCGGCCGAGGCCAGCGAGCCCGCGACGGUCCGCGUCGAGUCGCGCCACGGACGCGCGGCCGCCGUCUACGGCCUCCCCAUCCUCUGCGCCGUCGUGGCCCACGUCUUCGCCCUGGUCAACCUGACAACGGGCGGCGACGACCGCAAGGAGAUGACGCGUUCGACCAUCACCUUCCUCGAGGUCGACACGCAGUUCGUCGCGCUGACGGUGCUAUACUGGGUCUUUGUCGAGGUCGGAUGGCGCGCCCCGCUGGCCAUGGUGUGCGCCGGCGUCGUCCUGGGUCCCGGCGCCGGCCUGUGCCUCGGCUGGCUGUACCGGGAGAAGCUGCUGCAGGCAGCUCUGGAUGGGCGGGAUGGGGAGGGCGUCGAGGACGAAGCGGCCGAUGAGCGCACGCGGCUGUUGCCGUGA